AUGGCGGACCAAGCAGCUCCCAGCAACCCAGAACCGAGAGGUGAACGGGGUGAACGCGGUACUCGUGGAGAUCGAGGAGGUUAUCGUGGUCGAGGCCGAGGUGGUGGAAACCGUCGCGGCCGAGGAGGCAACGAAAAUGCGAAUUCUGGACCAGAACAAAGAAACGAGCGAAGCAACCGAGGCGGAAGAGGUCGAGGCGGUGCUGCCCGAGGCGGGCAAUCUAGAGGAGACAGAGGAAAUCACCACCAACCAACAGUUUCACAGAUCGACGUAACUGCAACCGCUAUAUCUACAGACGCUCCUUCCGAUGCCCCCGCCGAGCAGAAUUCGACCGGUAUCAUUGCGAAUGACGGGAAGGAGCCUCCAUCACCUACAAGCACCGAUAAUGAGGAAAUCUGCUUUAUCUGUGCUAAUCCGGUCCAGUACCAUUCAAUCGCUCCUUGCAAUCACAUGACCUGCCACAUCUGUGCAUUGCGAAUGCGAGCCUUGUACAAGACUAAACAAUGUCCACAUUGCAGGACAAAUUCGGAUUAUGUUAUAUUUACAACCAAUGCCACAAAAGCCUUCGAAGAAUACUCCUCUAGCGACAUAGCCGCAACCGAUGAAACAUUAGGUAUUAAGUAUGAAGGGAAGCAGGUUCGGGCGGAUACACUUGUUUUGCUCCGAUAUAACUGCCCGGAACCGAAUUGCGAUGUUGCCUGCCUCGGCUGGCCUGAUCUUCACCGACACGUCCGUAAUACCCACAAAUUGGUUCUGUGCGAUUUGUGUACUAGAUUCAAAAAGGUGUUCACGCACGAACACACACUUUUUACGUAUCCUGAACUCCGGAAACACGAGCGACAAGGUGAUGAUGUGCCUGGUACCGAGGACCAGAGUGGCUUCAAGGGACACCCGGAGUGUGGUUUUUGUCACAAACGAUUUUAUGGCGAUGAUGAGCUCUAUAACCAUUGUAAGGAGGCCCACGAACGGUGUUUCAUUUGCGAUAGAGAAAGCGGGGGGAGACCCAACUACUUUCUUAAUUGGGAGGCUUUGGAGGUGCACUUUAAAGAGGAUCAUUAUAGGUGUACAGACGCCGAAUGUUUGGAGAAGAAGUUCAUUGUAUUCGCAAGUGAAAUGGAUUUGAAGGCCCAUGUGGUAGAAGAGCAUCCGCAGGGAUUGUCCAAGGGAGCUUUGAAGGAUAUGAGAAAGGUUGAUAUGUCAGCUUUUGGCAAUACACACGCUCAUGGCGGAGGGUCGACAAGCAGAGGGAGGGGCGGCAGGAUGCAGAGAGAUUAUAGACGGGACCCACAAGCGCCGGAGCCGCCUCCACCGGAUGGACCUAUGAGAAGAGAUGAGAUUGCCUACCAUCGAACCUUGGCGGUUCAGACGGCACAGAACACCCUUCCGCCUAGGAUGUUUGGUGGGCAAUUGACAAGACCACCCCAACCGCCUCCUGCCCCAGCCCCAGCUCCCGCCGCCGCAAGGCCGGCACAGACUGGACCACCGGUCAGUCAACCAGUUCGAGCACCUGCCCGACAAGAGGAAGCCUUCCCACCUUUGGGCGCCUUGAGUAUCUCAUCUCAACCGGUCCAGGCACCGGCCCAGGCACCGGCCCGAUCAGCCCCAGCUCGCUCGGCUCCAGUCACGCAGGCUGCACAGUUUUCCGCCCCGGCAAAUAUUCCAACUUCGACCGCUCAAAAGCACGAGCAGGUCGUCGGCCGCGCCACUCGCCUCCUCAAUGGCGACUCAUCCAAGCUUGAGACCUUCAAGAAGUACAUAUCAUCGUACAACUCAGACCAGAUGUCUGCCCGUGAUUUGAUCGAAGCGUUCUGGGUCCUGUUCAACGUUCAAGUGGCUGCGGAUUUAGCGACUCUGCUUCGAGAACUGAGCGAGCUAUUUGAGAAAGAGGAGAAGCGACGAAGGUUGCUUGAGGCGUGGAAUGAAUGGAAGAGUGUGAACGAAGAUUAUCCGCCUAUGCCGGGUAAUAGCAGUGGCGCUGCCGCUGCUGGUGCAGGAGGUGCGCGAGUCCUGAAACUUAAGAGCGCGACGAACAGGAAUCUCAGAGCCGGUGCUAGCCCUUGGAGUGCUGUUACUAGCAGCACUAUCGAACGUGGCGGUGGUAGCUUGGCAGAUAUCAAUGGAGGAGGGAGAAUUGUUCCUGGAGCGGCUGUUACGGUUGCUGGAAAGGGCAAGGCGCCCGUCACUGGUGGGAGUUCGCCGUGGGCUAGUGCGGUCAGGAAUACGGGUUCUGGAUCCUCCCGAGCUGCGGCAGCUGGAAGAGGAAAAGCAGGAUCUUCCGCGGCGGUGGUAAGCUCGGCAGAAUUCCCAAGUCUGCCCAAGGCGCCACCAAAGUAUGCCCCCGUUCCCAGAAAGAACGAAGGGACGGCCCCAGCCAGUGUCUGGGGUGCCUCGAAUGGGGGCGCGAGUGGCAGUGGGGGCGGUGAAAGUGGGCCCCCCGAUCUUAUGAUCAUGGGGGUGAAAGGAAAGGGCAAGAAGAAGCAGCAGAUUAUAAGCUGGGGCUGA